GUGAAAAACCCCGGUUCUUCUCCACUAUUGCUAAAAUGGAUGCCGGUGUUGUAGCAAGGGUAAGCAGGGUAACUCGUGUGUGUGCAAGGUUGCAUUUAGUGUAUACAUUGUCUCGCAUGAGGCCGUGUAGUGUGCGUCGCUUCUGGGUACACCCGAUACUCCGAAAGCGUCUACAAAGGGGGGAAUACCACCUUCUCGUCCAGGAGCUCCGUCUCGAUGACCGCCUUUUUCAGAGGUAAUUCAGGAUGAGCAAGGAGGUGUUCGACGAGUUGCUCGGAAAGGUGGGCCCACUGAUUACAAAGGUGGACACCCAUCUGCGUAUGUCAAUCGGCCCCGCCGAGCGACUCGCCAUCUGCCUACGGUACCUGGCAACUGGUGACUCGUACGCGACGAUAGCCUUCAGCUAUCGGGUCGGGCGUUCUACAGUGGCAGUCAUUGUCAAGGAGGUUGCGGGGGCCAUCUGGACCGCCCUGGUCGAGGAGUGCAUGCCGGUACCACAGGUGGAGGAUUGGAGAGCCAUCGCUGCUGGGUUCCAGGAGCGCUGGGAGUUUCCCAACUGUGUUGGUGCCAUAGAUGGGAAGCACGUCGUUAUCCAGGCUCCAGCAAAUGCAGGUUCCCUCUACUUUAAUUAUAAGUCCACCCACUCCUUGGUACUGCUGGCUGUGGUGGAUGCUGAGUACCUGUUCAGGGUAGUGGAUGUUGGAGGCUUUGGGAGGAGCAGCGACAGUGGGAGCCUGCGGAAUUCUGCAUUUGGAGAGAGCCUCCGAGACGGCAGUCUGCAGCUACCACCUGACACCGUCAUCGCAGGAUCAGCGCGGCGGGGCCCUCUCCCCCAUGUCUUCGUUGGAGAUGAGGCAUUUCCGCUGCUGGACAACCUUCUGCGUCCAUUCCCUGGACGUCACCUCACCUGUGAAAGGAGGUUAUUUAACUACCGCCUCAGCCGUGCCAGGUUGGUGGUUGAAUGUGCGUUUGGCAUCCUCUCAACCCAGUGGAGAAUGCUCAGGCGUGUCAUCACCACCAGCCCCGAGGACCGCCUCUUGUAG